AUGAGUUCAAGUGAAACCAGACUACGAAUUGUCAAACUCGAUGACAAUAACUACGCCAAAUGGAAAGGCAACAUAACAGGAGCCUUGAUGUCGGCUACACUCGACGAAUUCAUCAAUCCUGAUGCUGUUCCUGUUGCUGCUCCAACCGAACUGCUGGUACAAUUGGAACGAAAAGUUCUCUAUGAAGCAUACGUUAUAUGUCAACGGAAAGCAGCUGGGAUCAUGUAUAGUCACAUGACUCAAGCUUAUCGCAUCAUUGUUGAGUCUGAAGGACUUAUCAAUAAACCUCUAGCAAUUUGGACUCUUAUGAAAGAGAAGUUUCAAUCGACCACCUCUGGAAGCAAAGGAAGAGCUUAUGCAUCACUGAUCCGAAACGUUUAUCAAAGCUUAAGUCAAUACAUCAAAGACACUCGAGCUUCACUAGCCAACAUGCAUGCAUGUGGUAUCAAUUUCACUGACGACUUGCACGAAAUCAUAUCUGAGAUGAUUGUCGCCAAAUUACCAAAUACAAUGGAAACAACAUUGUCAAUCUUAGCUGCUAAGCAACCCUUGAAGACCAAAACCGUGUUGGAUACGCUAGAUGCUCAUCUUAUCGAGUAUAACGAGCUUCAUCUCAAUGAAUCAUCUUCUAUGGCCUUGGCGACUAUGACUAAUCGACCUAAUCGACCACCAGGUCAACGUUUUCCCUAUCCAACUUGCACUAAUGGCUGUCAUAAUCCGGCUGUGAAAGGUCAUAGACCCAAUGCCUGUUGGGUAGCUUUACCUGAAUUACGCCCUGCAAAUGUUCCACCGCCACGAAGUCGUGCUACUACUGCUGUCUUGCAAGCUGCAUAUAUGGAUGAUCUCAUUGAAACUUCUGCUCUGUCAUGUCAAUACAGGACGAAUGGGACGCCUCGAGCAAUCUUUGAGGAGGUCUCUGCUAGCUUGACGACGUCAAUGUGCUAG